UUGAAUCAGCAAAUUUGGCAAUUUAAAAUCGGCAACAAAAAUCUUUUUUUAAUCUUAAUAUCUAGAUAUUUACAAUGUUUAAGACGAAGCUAUCCGCUCUUGAGUACCACUCUGCAUCAAAUGUCAACAUUGAUGACCCAAAGGAAUUCCGAAAUCUAAUUUUGUGGCUGGAAGAUCAAAAAAUCCGUCAUUACAAGAUAGAAGAUCGAGCCGGUCUCCGAGAAAUCAAUAACACAAAUGAAUGGACGAAGGCUUUCGAAAAGUACAAGGAGGAUUUGGGAUGUCCAAAGGUAUUUACGACACAAGUGGAAAUACUCUCCUGGAUAUUGGGCUAUGCCACAAAACUAGAGUACGGCGAUCACGCGGAUAAGUAUCGCGGAGUCUCUGCCGAUAUGUUUGAAAAUAAGGGCCAGUCCCAGGCACCUACAAUCAAGUCUACCAAUCCCUUCGAUAAUCUCGAUUUUACGAGCAAAGAUUUUGAAGCGGGCGUGCGAAAUCUCGCAUUGAGAUUCGAUAUGCCCCAUCAUCCCGACCAUCUGGUACUUUUGCAAGGCAUUGCACGACUGGCAAGAGAUAACUUCAGUGUCGAGGCACUCAAAGAACAAAUACCCGAAGGAAAACCGUUUCCAAUUUUCGAUGGUGCAGGAUUCAAUUAUGAAAACGAGGAUAUGGAGACAGGAGCGCGAAUUUUACGAUUGUUGCAGAUCCAAAGUGUGCGAGAACUGCAAACUUUGAUUAAUGAAACCAUUGUUACUGUUCAAAAUCUCACCGCUGACCCAAAGACGGACAGCAAACUGGGAAAAGUCGGUGUGUAGAUUACAUUCAAAAAUCGAAAUACAUUAAAACUAUUUAUAUUUUUUGA